AUGUCUUGGCUUCUAAUUCUUCUAUCGACAUUUGUUGUUAUCAUUUCUAGACACGCAUUUUCACACGUCUGCAGAAUUUUGGCUGGACCUCAAACAUUCGCCAUGGCCGCCGCAAGAGAGUUGGAGGAUUACCUCCAGACCGGGAGAUAUAAAGAUGGCUUGAGCAAGUGUAACAAGCUUCUGAAAAAAUCGCCGGCAAACAAUCAGCUUUUGUAUUUCAAGGCAAACUUUCUCUUCAGCAUGAUGCAACUCGACGAGGGCAAUCAGAUUCUUGAUCAGCUUUGUAGUAGGAAUCCUCCUAUUGUUGAUCUCACUCUCAUCUCGGAUUUGGAUGAGUUGGCUACGAUGGCUGUGUUGGACGACUACCCGCGCCCUCUGAGCAAUGGUCCGCGAGCUGGCAAGUUAUGGGCGAACGCGACGAAUGCGGCUGGCAAGAAUGGUGUGAUUGCUAUCAAUCAGAAGAGAUUUACAAUCGCAGUGAGCGAGCAGAGAUGGCAGGAUGCUGCUNACAGUAAGACGAUUUAUGCCCUUCCGAAUCACUAUAUGCUGAUUAUCACACAGGCAUUGAUUGCCAUGAAGAAGGCUGACCCUGCCAACAAGCGUUAUAAGCUCGCGCAUAUCGCUAUUCAACAACUGCUGAGCGAGGCAGACAAGGACGAAAAAGUGGCUGGCAUGAACCGCAUUCUUGCUUUCCGGACCCUGAAGCAGCUACCGGUCGAGGAUUCAGCACAGUUGAGGCUCAUGAUGAACCUUUAUCGAAGACAGGGUCAGAAAAAAGACAUGAUUGAAGCUCUGGACUCUUUCAAGGACAAGAAAGACGACAAGCUUGCCAAGCAGAUCAUCAAUGACUGGCCUUUCACCAGAGAAAAGAUUCAAAUGUAUAUCGCGGAGUCUCGCUGGCAAGAGCUUUUCGACCUAUGCUCUUCUCUUCUUGGCGAGACCUCUGCGGAAGGUGCACUGAGAGUCCGAGAUGAUUGGGUCGUCUGGGAUGGUCUUGUGAAGGCUGCUUCCAAGCUCGGUAAGGAAGAUUUUAUACCUGCUGUCAGCGAGAAAGACGAUUGGAGAAUCAAGCGUCUAUACAUGAUGGCCAAGCUGCAGGCUACUGUACUCUCAGAAGCAGAGAUGGAUUUGAGUGACAAGUCUCAAAGGACUUUGCAGUCUGCCAAGGAGUUUUUCACUGAGUGGCAGUCAUAUCCAUUCUGCUAUGGAGACAUCAAGGAGUUCGUAGAUGGUCUAUCAUCCGAGGCCCAGCAGGAGUUCCUCAAGCACAUUUCGGACUCGCCAUUGAAGCUCUCAAAUCCUGACGCUAAGACGUCGGCGAAGUUCCAGUAUCGCAUCAACAUCGGAACAGCUGAACCUGAUGCAGAGGUCAUCAAGAACUUUGCUUGCGAAUGUAUUCGACUCAUGGAGACCAGUGCCCAGAGCAAGUUGCGUUUGUCCGAUGCUUGUUAUCUGGCUGUUGCCGCCCUCAUCCGACUCUACGAACUCAAGCAAGAUAUCACGUAUCUCUUCCAAGCCGCAUAUCUUCUCGAGACUGGCCCAGUCACUGAAGAUGCACACCCUGGCAAAGUCUUGCUUGUAUACCUUGAAACAGAACUGGGCCUUCAUUCUCUGGCUAUCAAACAAUAUGCCAGUCUGCGUGUUAGAGAGAUUCAGCAAGAGACCAUGGGCCAUUCUCUCCUAACAAGGGUAUCUGUCAACCACCCCUUCGCGCUUGACCAAAGAGGUGAGGCAUCUGUCGAUCCCUAUGAGAUUAUCGACACCGCCUUGGACAUGUUCUUUGCUACCGACAAGAAACUCGCACACUCUCAAUCGUCACUCAUGAAGCAGGGACAGUGUGAUUUGGUCUUCGAGCUGCAAGAGUUGCGCGACACUCUCGAGCACAGCUUCACCAGGCGCAUGCUCAUUCUUGAGCAAUGCAGAAUAGCUCGUCUGACAGACAACCCCUUCCACCCUCGCACUCCAGACAUCCGCCCAAGUGUUCUGGAAUACUGGACCCAGGAUCUCAAAGACAGCAGAGACUAUGCCGAGACAUUUAACCUGGACGGUGCCGGAACCGAAAGUACGCCUGAGCGUAGAUUACAUAGUGGAGGUAAGAUCCCUAACACCAACUGGAUCUCGCAAGCUAUUGUCAGCGAGGAUGUCUGGGCUUUGCUUUCUAGCAGACCCACAGUGUGCUCUAAGCCAAGCAACGUGACAGAAGAAGAAGCCGCUGCAUUUGCAGAGGCAGGCAGCAAUGAGCUCACGCCAACGGAGAAGUCUUUUGCAAAGCCUUGGGCACAACUACUUCAAGCCACAAAGUCACUCUUAGGCACCAACGAGACCAAGCCCGAUGCUGGUCUGCUCGACCGUCUGGCCACAUCGAUUCAACAGCUGUCUGUAACUGAGAUUCUCGGCACUCAAAAGGCCUCUGGUUUGCCUCCAUCAAGCUAUACACUACAGCCUUACUUCCUACUACUCGACUUUGUCCGCAGUGCCGCCUUCUUCUGCAAUGUCGCUACUGAAAUUGAGAAGAAGAAACGUCAAGGUAACCGCCUGCCACCCCAACCCGUCCAGCGCAUCCGUGAUGCUGUGGCCAAGCACUUUGCAGCUCUGCAAACACUUGCGCGUGACCAAAAAGCAAAGGUUGAUGGCAGAGACAUGGUACAAGCAUUACGAGAGGGAGCGACCGGUGAUGCUAUGGCCGAGGCUGAGUUCUUGAGCCAGGGAAUUAGAGCGUUUGCUACCAAGGCUGAAGCAAGUGCAUUAGAUGCUUGGGAGGGAGUUUUGAAGGUCAGGUUGGGGCUCAAAUAA